AUGGUCGCCACUGGCCCUGCAGCUCGCCUCUUCAGCAGCACACCCCUGCGUCGCUCCGAGUUUGAGAACCCGUUCGGACCCAACUCGCUGGCCAAGGUGACCGAGGAGGAGGAGAUGCUCCGUGACGCCGUCCGACGCUUCGCCGAGGAGGUCAUCCAGCCGCGUGUCGAGUCAAUGGACGAGGCCGAGAAGAUGGACCCCGAGAUCAUCAAGGGCCUCUUUGAGCAGGGUCUCAUGGGCAUCGAGACGAGCGAGGAGCACGGCGGUGCCGCAGGAAGCUUCACGGCGGCCAUCAUUGUCAUCGAGGAGCUGGCCAAGGUCGACGCCUCGGUCUCUGUUCUGUGCGAUGUGCACAACACCCUCGUCGACACCGUCAUUCGCAAGUACGCCAGCAAGCACCUCCAGGACAAGUACCUGCCGCAGCUGUCCGAGAGCAAGCUGGGCUCCUUCUGCCUCUCGGAGCCUUCCUCGGGCUCGGACGCCUUUGCCAUGAAGACGUCCUGCCGAAAGUCCGACGACGGCAAGCACUGGGUCCUCAACGGCAGCAAGAUGUGGAUCACCAACUCGGCAGAGGCCGAGUUCUUCAUCGUCUUUGCCCAGGGCGACCCCAGCAAGGGCUACAAGGGCAUCAGCGCGUUUGCCGUGGAAAAGGACAUGGGCGUCGAGAUUGCCAAAAAGGAAAAGAAGCUGGGCAUCCGUGCCUCGUCGACGUGCACCGUCAAUUUCGACGAGGUCAAGGUGCCCGUCGAGAACCUGAUUGGCGAGGAGGGCAAGGGCUACAAGAUUGCCAUUGAGAUUCUCAACGAGGGCCGCGUGGGCAUUGGCGCCCAGAUGGUCGGCAUUGCCCAGGGCGCCUUUGACAAGGCGGUGCGGUACGCGUACGAGCGCAAGCAGUUUGGCAAGUCUGUCGCCUCGUUCCAGGGCAUGCAGUUCCAGAUUGCCGAGGCUGCGGUGCAGAUCGAGGCCGCAAGGAACCUCGUCUACAACGCUGCGCGCCGAAAGGAGGAGGGACGGCCCUUCACAAAGGAGGCUGCCAUGGCCAAGCUCUACGGAAGCCAGAUCGCAGAGAGCGUCUCGUCGCUGGCCAUUGAGCUCUGCGGCGGCAUUGGCUUCACCCGAGAGUCAGGCAUCGAAAAGUACUACCGCGACUCAAAGAUCGGCGCCAUUUACGAGGGUACGAGCAACAUCCAGAAGCAGACCAUCUUCAAGCUUGUUGAGGGCGAGAUGGGCCUCAAGUAG